CCUCCCUUUUUGUCCUCACCACCUUCUUCUCAACCCUUCUCUGAAUCUCUAACCCUAACCCUCCUCGGGUCUGUGGAUUGCUUUGUGCCCCUGGGCGUCGGUGUCCCCCUCAUCUCACUUUCCCCCAAGUCCCCUCCCGGCUCAGCGCUUGAGGGCCUGGCCCUGGGGAAGAAGGAUGGUUCCCGAGGUAAGGGUCCUCUCCUCCUUGCUGGGACUCGCGCUGCUCUGGUUCCCCUUGGACUCCCACGCACGAGCCCGCCCAGACAUGUUCUGCCUUUUCCAUGGGAAGAGAUACUCCCCCGGCGAGAGCUGGCACCCCUACCUGGAGCCUCAGGGUCUGAUGUAUUGCCUCCGCUGCACUUGCUCCGAGAAUGCCCACGUGAGCUGUUACCGCCUCCACUGCCCGCCCGUCCACUGCCCCCAGCCCGUGACUGAGCCGCAGCAGUGCUGUCCCCGCUGUGUGGAACCUCAUACCCCUUCUGGGCUCCGGGCCCCACCAAGGUCCUGCCAGCAUAAUGGGACCACGUACCAACACGGAGAGAUCUUCAGUGCUCACGAGCUGCUCCCCUCCCAUCUGCCCAACCAGUGUGUCCUCUGCAGCUGUACCGAGGGCCAGAUCUACUGCGGCCUCAUGACCUGCCCAGAACCAGGCUGUCCCCCACCCCUCCCGCUGCCCGCCUCCUGCUGCCAGGCCUGCAAAGAUGGGUCCAGUGAGAAGUCGGCUGAAGAGGACACUACGCAGCCACACCGAGGGGUGAGACAUUCCCAGGAUCCGUGUUCAGGGGACAGCGGGAGAAAGAGAGACCUGAGCACCCCGUCCCCCACUGGGCCCAGCGCCUCUCUGGGCUUCAUCCCUCGCCACUUCCGACCAAAGGAGGCAGGCAGCACCACAGUCAAGAUUGUUCUGAAGGAGAAACAUAAGAAAGCCUGUGUGCACGGUGGGAAGACAUACUCCCACGGGGAGGUGUGGCACCCGGCCUUCCGCUCCUUCGGACCCCUGCCCUGCAUCCUGUGCACCUGCCAGGAUGGCCGCCAGGACUGCCAGCGGGUGAUCUGCCCCACUGCGUACCCCUGCCACCACCCUGAGAAAGUAGCUGGGAAGUGCUGCAAGAUUUGUCCAGAGGACAAGGCAGACCCGGGCCACAGUGAGAUCAGUGCCACCAAGUGUCCGAAGGUGCCAGGUCGAGUUCUCGUUCACACAUCAGUAUCCCCAAGCCCGGACAGCCUGCGUCGCUUUGCCCUCGAGCGUGAGGCCUCUGAGCAGGUGGAGAUCUACCUCUGGAAGCUGGUGAAAGAUGAGGAAACUGAGGCUCAGAGAGGUGAAGUACCUGGCCCAAGGCCACACAGCCAGAAUCUUCCACUUGAUUCAGAUCAAGAAAGUCAGGAAGCAAGACUUCCAGAAGGAGGCGCAGAACUUCCGGCUGCUCACCGGCACCCACGAAGGUCACUGGAACAUCUUCCUAGCCCAGACCCCGGAGCUGAAGGUCACGGCCAGUCCAGACAAAAUGACCAAGACCUUAUAACAAAGAUCUGAACAGUUGCAGAUAUGAGC